GGGGGGGCCCUGCCCUGUCCUCUUGCCAGGAAUGAGUACAAGUACUUCCAGAGAAUGACAAGCACAUCCCACGUGGAAGGUAAACAGAAUGCACUGAUAAUGGGUAAAAGAACCUGGUUCUCCAUUCCUGAGAAGAAUCGUCCUUUAAAAGACAGAAUUAAUAUAGUGCUUAGCCGGGAGCUCAAGGAAACCCCAAAAGGAGCACAUUAUCUUUCCAAAAGUCUGGAUGAUGCUUUAGCUCUUUUGGAUUCACCCGAAUUAAAAAGUAAAGUAGACAUGGUUUGGAUUGUCGGAGGCACUUCAGUUUACAAGGCAGCAAUGGAGAAGCCAAUUAAUCAUCGAUUGUUUGUGACAAGAAUUUUGCAGGAAUUUGAGAGUGACACAUUUUUUCCAGAAAUCAACUACAAAGACUACAAACUUCUCACAGAGUACCCAGGUGUCCCUGCUGAUAUUCAAGAAGAGAAUGGCAUCCAGUACAAAUUUGAAGUGUAUGAAAAAGCUGUCUUGGCACAAUAAAUAAGGCUUUGUGUACUUCUGUGUAAGGGCAGGUAUUUUAAAUCCUGAAAUCUUACUGAGUGCAGAUAUAUAUUGAAUUAUUGAGAGAAAAUCCUGCUUGAUAGUACAAUAUCUCAGUAGUGAAUGAUUCCAAAAAAUACACCCCACACUCUGCAUAUACACCCUAUAGUGGAGAUACAAGGGUGGUCAGCAGCAU